AUGGCCCCCCGGCCGGCCGGACGCCCCCCGCGGAGCUGCCCCCUGGGCCCCCUGGGCCCCCUGGGCCCCCUGGGCUGCCUCCUGGUGCUCGCCCUGCUGGCCGCCACCGCCCCGCUCCGCCAGGACCGGCCCCGGCUCCGCCUCCCCGCCCUCCGCCGCACGGACCCCGACCGCCCCGACCCCCGCGCCGCGCCCCGCAUCAGCCUCCAGACCCGAGGAAACCUCUGGGCCACAGGCCACUUCAUGGGAAAGAAGAGCUUAGCGUCCCCCGGCCCCGUCGUCCCGGGCCCCGCCGCCCCCUCCGAGCUGGACUCUCUGCCCUCGAUGCCCGCCCCCCGGCUCCUGGCCGCCUUGGGGGAGGCGAGGGGGCAGCCGGGCCGCGGCUUGGGUAAGAUCCGGCUGCCGGGGAGAGGUCGGAGCCUGGGCCGGGGGCCCCUGCAAUGAGUGCCCAGGACCGACGGCGGCCCGUGCGGACGCCCGGCGGAUACAUCUAGGCCGCUGCCGGGCCCCCGGGCCCUCGGCGGGGCCGUGCGGGGGGCAGAGCCGGCCCGGGGCCCGAGGCCGGCGGAGGAGGGGAGAGCGGAGCGGCGCCGCGGCUCUACCCGUAUGAUCCACCCCCCCCCGUCACCACGCGGGCCCCCCGGCCGCUCCGGCGAUCUGCUGCCAGAGACCCGGAGGAAGCUCCUGCCCCCCACGCUCCCCUUACCCCACCUGUACGGUGCCCCGCUCUCCUGCCUCCACCAGUAAACCCUUCCGUUUGCACA